AUGGGCAAAAAACGGAAGAGACCCGUCAAGGACUCCGGUCCCACGGCCACGUCUCAGCCGAGUAUCACUGCAUCGCCCGGUCGUUUCAAAGUCACCACUGGCCCAACAUCGCAAGACGACCAAAUCACAACACACCCCGUGAUCUCACUCUACUACCGACAAGUCCUAACUCUACGACAAUACCUUCUACGCCAACUCCCUGCCUCGUCUAAAUUGCGACGGCGGCGCAUCGCUUCCCUGCGCCCAUCAAGCCCGCCACGUAUACCGGAGUGUGGCGACGACACGGCCUCUGCACUUGCCGACCUGCUGGAUUCCACGCUGGUUGGUGUGCUGAAAGAAUCAUCGGCCAAGGUCGACUCCGAUCGUCAGCGCGACUAUCGGGCCUUCACCCAGUCCCAGUCGCGCUCGAUCCUCGACAGCACAGACACGGGGCCAACGUCGCCUCAAUCCGAGGUGGUCAAUUUUGUGAUCGAGUCGCUCUUUGCCCGUACCCCGGGUUAUCAGAAGCCUCAGCACUUGCUCACGCAUGGGUAUGGUCCCCAUCGACCGACGGACCCGAGUAUCUUGGAAACAAGUAUUCUCGGUCUUGUGGCCCAGUUUCCGAAUAAGAAUGUCCGGACCCUGAAGGAAUCGCCAUGGUCGGAUGUUUUGGGCCUUUUGGGCCAGAAUGGGGAUGACAUUAUGAUGAGAUUGUUGUUUGAUUGUGGGAUUUUUGCACCUGUGAAUGUCAAGAGGGGUGUCUACUACCAAUUAAGCGGUGUGUAUAAACUGCCUGCUACCUUUGGAUUGCAUCGCCUAAUACUAGACGCAGGACUGCCGUUGUCGGAGCUUGGGCCUUGUGAUCAGACAUGUGCCAAGCGUGCAGAGCAUUCGACAGAUUCAAAGCCCGCCAAGACGGCGAACAAAGAGGAUGAAAUCCCCAAAGAGAUUAAUGGCUGUAAUAGCAUUGUCUUCUCUCGCCGGCGUAUGCUCUAUGGCAGAUCUGGAGGUGAAAGCAAAGGACAGAUGCGCUCUGGCCUUGGAGACACGCGUAUGCUAUUCCCUCCUCCUAAUCAUCCGUCUGACCAGCCUUGUAACGAACCCUCAGACGUACUCAAUCGAUACAACGUGCUGGACUCGGAAGCGCAGACUGUCCACGUGACAAACUAUAUUUUCCCGCGACAAUUCGGCCUGCAGAAUGUGUUUGCGUCGACAACCAACCGCAAUGGCAGCACGCAGAACAAUGUCUUUCGCGAAUCGGAAAUAUCCCAGCUCAUAGAGAAGGAGCAAUUGCGCCGCCCUGCGCCCAAGGGAGAUCAAGUACGCGAGGAUAAUGUUGAGGCUGGUACCAAGCUGCCCAAGCGGCUUCGCGGUCAAGCACUGGACCUUGUUCGAAGGCUCCGAGUUCGCCAUUCGAAAUGUCCAUACCGGCAGUUACUAGACUAUUAUUGCCCUGCGGAGCUUGUUGGUCCAUGGAAACUUGGCGCUGCUGCUUCUCCUGUGAAAAGACGAACGGAGAACGGCGAGCUAGUAUCGUCAAUUGAGGAAGAUCUGGUGACACAAAUCCAAGCCAAACCCCCAUGUUCCACUCGACUGCCAGAUCUUCAAGGUCAAACUCCUGAAACUACUGGUAACGUUACCGAAGGAAAGACCGCGAUCAAAGGAUACCAAAAGGGCAAAAUCAACUUGACUGAUUAUGCCACUCCCACAUCCGCGGUCUCGGCAUUUUGUCGUGCGGUACUCCGUAAAAUCAUACCCCUUCGAUUUUGGGGGGAUGGCCCGGAAGCCUUGGAAAACCGCAAGAUUAUCAUGAAGCAUGUGGAUUCCUUCGUCAAAAUGCGUCGAUUCGAGAGCCCCAGUCUGCAUGAGGUGUGCAGUGGCUUGAAGAUCACCCCCAUCUCCUGGCUAGCACCUCCGAAAAUCCAGAAGCCAUCGGGAUCUGGGUAUCCAAAGAUCGCGCUGUCUGAUUUUCAAAAACGCAAAGAACUGCUGCAUGAGUUCAUUUACUACAUCUUCGACUCAAUCUUGAUCCCUCUCGUCCGUACCAAUUUCUACGUCACCGAAUCUCAAACCCAUCGCAAUCGCCUCUUCUACUUUCGACACGAUGUGUGGCGAAGUUUGACAGAGCAACCGAUGGCAGAUCUCAAAGUAAACAUGUUCGAGCAACUCAAGCCUGAAAAGGCACGCAUCAUGCUGGGCAAGCGGUCACUUGGACUGGGUGCACUUCGUUUACUUCCAAAAUCAACCGGGCUGCGACCAAUCCUGAACCUGAAAAAACGCGUCUUGAUGAAAUCACAGUGGGGUAAUAAAAAGACAUACCUGGGGGCAAGUGUCAACAGCAAUCUUGCCCCCAUCUACAACAUGUUGAGUUAUGAGCGUGAACGUUGUCCCGAGAAGCUCGGCUCGUCCUUGAUGUCGGUGGGAGACAUGCAUUCGAGGCUAAAAGAAUUCAAGGAUCAGCUCAGUCAACGAGCGCCUGCAUCGACAGGACCGAAAGGUGCCCGGCUACCCCAACUGUUCUUUGUCAAGCUUGAUAUUCAAGCCUGUUUUGAUACCAUCCCGCAGAAGCAGUUGCUACAUCUCGUCGAGCAACUGGUCUCUGAGGAGUCUUACCAUGUCACCAGAUACGUGGCCAUAAACCCUGCUUUGCAUGGCAGAGCCAAACGGAGGUUCCUCGGACGCGCUGCACCUCCGAACAAGCAACAGUCUUUCCCUGACCUUGCUGCGGGUGGCACGAAUAGUGCUCCCAACACUGUGUAUGUCGACACCAUCAAGCAGAAAGAACACGAUGCAGAUGAGCUGCUGUGUCUCCUAGACGAGCACGUACGGAAUAAUCUGGUCAAGAUUGGAAAGAACUACUUUCGCCAGCGUAACGGUAUUCCCCAGGGUUCCGUGCUGUCCAGUCUGCUAUGUAAUUUCUUCUACGCCCAGCUGGAACAGCAGGUGUUGAAUUUCAUCCAGCCUACUGAUUCGCUUCUCCUCCGACUGGUGGAUGACUUUCUACUUAUCACCACGGAUGCCACCCAAGCCGCCCAGUUUCUCCACGUCAUGCACCGUGGUCAGCCUGCGUACGGUGUCUCAGUCAACCCAGCCAAGAGCAUGAUCAAUUUCACCGCUGCAGUCGAUGGGCUCUACAUCCCAAGGCUGGAAGGCACGGCACUCUUCCCUUACUGCGGCUGCUUGAUUGACACUCAUACACUCGAGAUCCACAAGGACCAAGAUCGCAUGCUGGAAGGCGGCGCCUCUGCCGCAGCCACACUCUCCAACACCUUGACCGUCGAGACCAGCCGUCUCCCCGGGCGCGCCUUUAAUCGCAAAAUGCUAGCACUACUGCGGCCCCAAUUACAUUCGAUGUACCUAGACGCCGACCACAACACCCGCGCCGUCGUACUAUCCAACCUCUACAAUGGCUUCAUCACCGCCGCGAUGAAGAUGUACCGGUACAUGAAGUCCCUCCGUGGCCACGUCCACCCCCAACACCCGAUCAUCAUCCAGACCAUUCAUGACCUGGUCCAGCAAACAGCCAACCUGAUCCAGUCGCGACGAGCCUCUCGACCCGCGCCGUUGACAUGCUUCGUGCAGCUGUCUCACCUGCAAUAUUUGGCAGCGGCCGCAUUCCGCUUUGUGCUGAGACGCAAGCAAACGCGGUAUGCGCCUGUGCUCCACUGGCUGGACUCGCUAGGGCGGGCGUCGCGCCCGGCGACAAAUGCCGAUGUGGUGCGUCUGCUGCGGGUUGUCAGGAAGGGUGAUGCGCUAUUUGAAGCUUGGCGGUUCUAA